UGCUUCUUCUUCCUCUGAUUCUGAUUCAGUCUUCAACACAAUGGACGCGUCGUGGAAGGAGUUUCGAACGGACGAUGGUCGAUCGUACUAUUACAAUUUGGUAACCAAGCAGACCCAAUGGACAGCCCCGCCCGGACACGGCACCGCGGCCUCCAAAGUCAGGAAGGCGCCCAUGCCACUUCCAUCCAACGAGGCAGGACCAGCGGCUGCCGCAGUUCAGGAGGACUUGUACCAGAACUCCACGUCCAUUCGUCAGCAAAUCCAAGAGCUCAGCAAGCCAAAGCAAGACGUCGAGUGGACGGAAGUGUCGUCGGAUGGCGGCAAGUCGUACUUUUUCAACGCACGCACGCGCCGAUCGACGUGGUCCAAGCCCGAGAGCCUUAACGGAAGCAGCACAAGCAACAGCGCCAGCGCCAGCGCCAGCCACAGCGCCGGUGCAAACGACGAGUAUCACGAAGUGGAGCCGUCCAUGGUUGCUGCGGCCGUCGUUCCCACCCACGCCCCGGCUGUUGCUGCUCCUGCUGGCGCUGCCUCUGGAACUGGCACCAUUAAGCGCGCUGGUCCGCCCGUGCCGUUGGGCAAGCCGCCACGAAACUCGUUUGGUCCAUCUGACAGUGCUCCCGCAUCGCCCUCGUCGCCCGGGACGAUCGGUGUUUCUGCUGGUGCGGCCGCGGCUGGUUUUGCUGCAUCGUCUCGUCCGGGCACUGUUGCUGCAGUCAGCAAGCCGAGCAGGCCCAGCGUGGCCUCGAUCUACGAGCAGGACUCUGCCAUGACCGAUUACGAGGAGGAGCUGUACCAGAACUUGACCUCGGUCCGCGCGUCGGUUGCACCUGCGGUGCGCAACGGUCUUCUCGGCGCCCUCGGCAACAAGGCUUCACCUGCUAGUGGCAGUGGGGCUAACAAGGGCAGCGGAGCGAGUGGCGCCAGCGGCAGCGGCCUUGGCAGUGGUGGCACGAUGCGUCGCCCGUCCGAGCCCGCACCCGCGAUUCCGUCCAGCGCCUCGGCCUUCCCCAACCCGCUUGCACGGCUUCCAAGCACAGAGGAGGAAAACAUGUCGCCUGCGGCCCGCGCAAAGGCGCGUGAGGCUCGCCUCGGCAUGGCCUCCGCAAACAUGCCCGUCGACGGUGGCGACCUGUACAUGAAUCAAGCUGCAGUGAAGGGCGAAAUGGCAGCACUUGCAGCAGCCCCCGCAGCAGCAGCAGCAGUCGCAACUACGGUGGCUGGCGCGGAUUCGUACACUACGCUGGUUCGCCCCGACCGAGUUCGUCACGCACACAUCAACCAGAUAAACGUUGUGAUUGACGCAGACCACUCGCUGCUGAUGGCAGUCAAAAAGACCGAGCCCAUCCGCGACUUUUGCCGCCUCAUCGAAUCCCAGUUUGCUCUUACCUUCCCCUUCGACCCCAACUUCCACAUCACUGCGCUCAAGGACCAAGAGGACAAUCCAAUCAGUCUGUCCGACACGGUCGGCUCGCUGCCCGUCAACGCGACCAUCUUUGUUGAAAAGUCGACGGAAGCAGACAUUGCUGAUCAAGACACUGCGAGUCAAUUGCAAGAAGGUGCCGGUAAGCGCAAGCUGCGUGUGCGCACCAUGGCCGGCGACGUCAAGACAAUCCUUGUGGACGAAUCGGCCCCUUGCAAGCAAGUCUUGCCCCUCAUUGCCUCCAAGAUGGGCAUGAUCAACUACCAAGAGUUUGGUCUUUCCAUUUACGUUGUUGAAAAGGUGGACAAGAACGAUCCUCGACGACGCUUGUACAAUUCGUUCGGCGGCGUCGGCAAGAUCAGCAAGAAGGUGUCCAAGACAAGCAUGUUCAGCUCGGCGGACGAAGAGGCCGCCAUCACAGUUCAAGACGAGGACUCGUUGACGGUCGAGCACUGGCUGGACAUGAACGAGUCGCUGGCUGGCCAGGGCAUCAAGAUGAACGAUGUCGUCUUUUUGAAGCGUCGCUUUUACUUUUUCGACGACUCCGUGUACAGCACCGACCCGGCUGCGCUCAAGCUGUGCUACUUUCAAGCAAAGGCGGGCGUGCUGUCGGGCGAAAACCCCUGCAAUCUGGCGCAGGCCGUCACGUUUGCGGCCCUGCAGUGCCAGGUUACCUUUGGUAACUUUGACAAGGCGCUGGUAACCUUCAACGACAAGACGCUGGGCGAUGUCUUGCCCGCCGAUCACAUCAAGUCCAAACGUGUCGACAAGGCCGUCAUGGAAGAGUACAUCAAGCUGAAGGGCAUUGCGGCCACCAACGCCAUGUUCCUCUACAUGCAAUUGUACAAUGGGCUUGAAACCUACGGCAUUUCCAAGUUCUGGGGCUUUGAAGCGUCGCCCAAGAAGAAGCGACUGGAACCGUCAUUUGUCGGUGUUACGAGCUCGGAUAUCAUGCGCAUUGACUUCAAGACCGGGCAAAUCGACUGCAAAUGGCCCCUCAGGUUUGUGCACCACUACAGCACAACUGUGGACUUUUUCAAGCUGUAUUUUGGAGAGAACGCCGAGCAGGUCAUCUGCAUUAGCACGAUGGAAGCUCAGGAAAUAUCUGGGCUUCUGGAAGGCUACACGACGUUCAUCUUGGCUCGGCAGGCUAACUCGGCCGCUUCUUAAAAGUGCAGGUAUAGGGCUGUACUUUUUUUUUUUUUUUUUUUUUGUUGCGUCUUUGUUGUCCUUUUUUUUUUUUUUUUUUUUUUUUUCGCACGCUCCCCUAUCUCCUACUUUAGCAUCUUGCGCUGGUACAUGUUGUGUAUCGUUGAUUGUGUCAAUGUCCGAAUCUUGGCUUUUUCGUGAUUGCUG